UCAGAGAGUCCCAUCGCCUGUGCAAAAAGCAGCCAUCACACCGAGAUGGGCACUGGUGGGACUGGCCGGAUCUGGAGUGUCCAUCUCCAGUGCUGACAGGCCAGUCUUGUACUUAGAACGUCAUGUCAUCUUGGAGAACUGCUGCUUCUGUGCUUCAGUGCUCUUCAUCUCUGCUGCCCUGUGCAGAGAAGGACAGGAGCAGGAGGACACAGAGGAGUUUCUGGGCACAUCGGUUGCAGGAACCUUUGCAAUGGAUGACAGAGCAGAUUCUCUGAUGACUGUGCAUCUUCUCGCCAAUUCAGGACACUCGUUGCUUCUGCAGCAAACUCUGGAUCAGCUUUUGGGGUGGAUCUGCCCAGACAUUCGCCUUUUCCUGGUGUCUGAGCGAGUUACUCCGUUGAAAUACUAUGAGAGAUGCCGUAAGAGAAGCUGUGGCUUUCCCGGAAUAUCUGUUCUCCUUUUUCUACAUGAGGACUUGGGAGAAGAACGGAUUUUCCAGGUCCAUGAGCAAUUCCAGCAUCCCCCCUGGCGCUACCAGUGUGCCCAGAUUGCUAAUGGGCAAAGCUACCCCUGUGCCCCAGCUCACCAGGACUUCUACAGCCUGGACGAGCAGAUGCCCGUCUGGGGCAUCAGGCGGGUUCACUGUGGCCCCGAAAUCCUGCGUGUCACCAUCUACUGCAGCUUUGAGAACUAUGAGGAUGCAGUGAGACUCUACGAGAUGAUCCUGCAGAAGGAAGCAACCACACAGAAAAGCAGCUUCUGUGUCUUCGUGCUGCACACAGCCCGAGGCGCUGCCGUGCAGCUCUGCCUGAAGCAGCUGCCCAUCGGGGUGCCCGCCGAGCCCAAGGACUCCUCAGCCUUGCAGUUCAGGGUGCAAGAAAUGGGGCAGCUGGUGCCUCUCCUGCCCAACCCAUGCAUUCCUAUCAGUAGCACCAGGUGGCAAACACAAGACUACGAAGGAAAUACAAUUCUGCUUCAGGUUCAAGGCAGCUCCAAGCCCCAUGAAACAAAUGUUGGAUUUUCCCAUCAGCAUGAUAAUACAAGUGGUGACAAAAUCUAUCAGGACUCGGUCCCCUUCCCUGUAAAGCGGGGUAAUUCUGGUUGGAGAAGCCAGGAGGUUAGAGCUGCGAAGAGUAAAACAAAAUCUGAGCAAAGUGAAGCCCUAACCACUGAGCAAGCCAGCGGUGGCCUCUUCAGACACUUCUCCUCUCCUCCCAGCGGGCCAGCAGGCCGGUGGGGGUGGGAUGCCCCCUCCCUCCGCAGGCAGGCCAGCACCCAGCUCCAGGCUUCUCUCCAGGAGAGCCGUGUUCGUCGGCAGGCAGCGGAGACCAACGUGGACACAGGGCUGGUGGUGACAAACCCCUCCAGCAGCCGCUGCCCCCUGCACCGCUUCUCCAGGGGCCUGCGGAGCAGCCUCCUCCAGCCCCCUGUGCCCGCGGACGGGCCCUCCCCAGACAGGACCCAGCUGCUGCUUGCUGCAGCCAAAAGGAGUAAAGGAGCAGGGCAGAGAGCUUCGGGCCUCCUCCCACAAAGGCUGCAGGCCAGCCCCACAAACAGAGUGGAGGAGGAGGAAGAGGAGGAGGAAUUCUUUAUAUGACUGGAAACAGCCGUGCCAGAUGGACUCAUCAUUUCCAAACAACAGCACAGUGCUUCCGUGUGUGUCACGGCCACCGACGCUCACUUUCCAUGGAGCAAUGCUAGGGAGGCUGAGGACAAAGCUGGGAAAACAGCAGUGUGUUUGCAGAAAGGUUUAUUUUGUUUUGUUUUUAAUGCAGAACAGAUUGGAGGAUUACUGUGCGAUGAAUAGGAAUAAGCCAUAUGACUUCUAAGAUGUUAAAAGUAAUAGCCAGUGAUGCGUUCAGAAGGUGCAUCUUGCCUGAGCUGCCCAAGUGGCAGGAUGCCCCAGCUUUGGGGACUCACUUGUCUCCAUGGGAUGUAUUGGCAAAAGGCAGUGGCAUGAGCAUGGUGGCAAAGCCCAUUUUCCUCUGUUUCUUCUCACUUCCCCUGUUGUUGGUAUUUAAAAGCUAUCAGUGUGUUCAAUUUUCUGCAAGAUGUGAAGCACAAGAAUGUUCUUUUCAAACACUUUUUGGAUUUUUUUUUUCUAAAGACAUCUUUCCCCCAGAUUAGCACAGUACACACAAAAAACAAACACUUGUGGAGACUAGUUUGAGCUGCUCAUGCUCCACUAAGACCUGCUGUUUCUUAUGACACUUAAAAUAAAUCCAGCAACAGGCCAGCCUUUGUUAGACCAAAUGUGCUGUUAUCAGCAGGCAAUCCUAAUUGGGUUUUAAUUAACAGAAGACAAGGGAAAUUAAGAGUCUUGGAGGGUAAUGCUGAAGAGUAAAAGGGAAAGGAGAAAUGAAGUAAUGUUUCAGCAGCAGAUGCUGAAAUAACUCCCAUCUUGAUCAGCACCUUUCUUUUCUCAAGUAGGAUAAAGCAAAUGUCAAAGCUAGUGAGGUGGGAAGGACAUGACAGAUGGUUGAAAUUAUUAAAAGAAAAGCCAAAUCUGGUCACACCUUACAAGCAGCAGGAACAAAAAGGUAUUUUCUCCUUAAAUAUAUCUGAGCUCCACUUUACACAGAAGUGUGACUGUGUUUGGAGAGUGCCUUCUCACUGCCUGCUCUUAGUUUACAGCUCAGGUUUGAGAGGUGAUGGCUCCUUGUGGCCCAAGGAGAGGGCAGUGAGCAGCGAUGGGGCCUUCCUGGGGGACUCUGCACCAUUCUACAGGUGUGCAGCACCAGUACCUGUGCUGCUGGACUCAGACCAUGGUUGGCAGUGCAGACCCUUCUAGACACUGGUGGGCAGUGUGGACCCUCCUGGUUGCUGCAGUGGGCUGUGCAGCCCUGGAGUGCCGGAGAGUGGUGGUGUUGCCUGGCGUUGGCUCAGGCUUCAGGGAGGCCCAGGUUUUGGGGAAGGCUCAAAGGUACAGCUGAGUUAGUCUGAAGGUGGGAACAGGGCAGUCCCUGUUCUGUGCCCUUGCAGCUGGUGUUGCCCUGGGAAUGAUGCUCACAUGCCCUCCAAUGCAGGGACCUGAAUGUGCAAAAGGCUGAACAGGACCCCAGUUCCACUGGACUCUUGCAAACAUGUUUUCAUUAAUUCUGUGAAGCUUUGAACUUCUUAAUAAA